AUGGAGCGUGUUGGACUUCUGGCAAUCUUUAGGUUCGGAACUCCAGCAUGCAAAGGAAUGGGGGACGGAUACUUUCUUAAAUCCACAAACGUUCCUGGUUCUGUGGUAGGCGUUGUUGGUAACCCAAAUGGCGACUACACUUGUUGGGAAAGACCUGAAGACAUGGACACUCCUCGAACGUCCUACAUAAUAACAAAACAAAAUCCAGGCUCUGAAGUCUCGGCCGAAACUGCAGCCGCCCUUGCAGCUUCUUCCAUGGUGUUUAGAGGUUCGGACAACAGGUACUCGGCUUUGCUUCUUAACCGAGCCAUAGAGGUUUUCGAGUUUGCAGACAAGUAUAGAGGAUCUUAUAACAAUAGCAUUCCCAAUGGAGCGUGCCCGUUUUAUUGCGACUACAAUGGAUACAUGGAUGAGUUGGUUUGGGGAGCUACGUGGUUGUACAAGGCAACUAAGAGACCUUACUACUGGGGCUAUGUCAAACACAACAUACAUAAUUUAGGUCGCGACGUUACUCAGUUUGGAUGGGAUGUAAAGAAUGUUGGCAUUCACGUACUCUCUUCUUAA